AUGGAGACAUACCAUGGCUUCGUGCGGACUCCCGCAGACGCCAUCAAGUUGUUCGAGGCAUGCAGGCUAGGUCUUUUGCCCAGAGUACAGAGGCGGUUAUCAGAGAAGGAGAGGCAGUCGAUCAGAUCUGGAUCCGUUUUCGUGUGGGAUGAAAGAGAAGCUGGUAUGCGGCGGUGGACCGAUGGCAAGUCGUGGAGUGCGAGCAGAGUGUCGGGUAGCUUCCUCACAUACCGCGAAAUGGAAGGCAAGAGAGGCAGCGGCUUUGGCAACUCGAGACGCAGCAACGGCAGGACUCCCGACAGCGGUCGCUUCAGUGAUGAAGACCCCGAUGGAGAGCCCGAGGGCUACCGAUACAAGGCAGAUGGCCUCAUGAAGCAGUCUUUCAGCAUCACAACCUCGCAGGGCCAACAUCUACACCUCAUUUCAUACUACUCGAGACCGCAGCACAAUACUCCAGAACUGCCACAGCCCACCUCCGACGCCAGCCUAAGGCACAUUGUCCCUGCCAAGGGCAUGUAUCCAGAGUCGAGCUUGCACGACACCAACCCUCCCGCUCUGACGAGAACGCCUAUGCAGCCAUACACGACCCAGCCGCCUCCUCCAGAACCAUCUCAGUAUCCCUACGCCUGGCCUCCUCACCCAGCAUGGAUGGCUGCGUGGCCACCGUCUCCCAAUGGCACUCCCCCUUGGGGGAUGCCGCGCAUGUCUCCAGAUGCAAAGGUCCACGCCAUUCCCAGAUUGCAACCUCAGCCUCAUAUGCAGCCUCAUCUGCUCAGUCCUCACAUGCAACCUCUACCGCAGCCUCUGCCACAGCUGCCUCCUCCCACGACAUCUGCUUCCAGCCAACCCUCAUUGUACCCGCGCCCGCCAGCACUAUAUGAGCAGGACAGGCUUCCUCCAGUCGCAGCCGUCAGUGCAUACCCACCCGUUCAGACCAUCGCAGCUUCGACCUCCCCACGCCUGCAACAAUUACAGCAGGCAGCUGCUCAUGCCGUCAUGAUCGACCCCCGUAUCGCAACGACGAGCGCACGCAAUCCUCAGGGUCCUCUGCCUGCCAUGCCAACUGCUGCUCCUCGCCUGACGCCUCCAAGAACGCACAGUGUCUCUCCGCCGCGCACUGCCGGCUCAGACACCGUCAACCCUUCGAGUCGGGCAAGUCUGUCAGCACUUCUUCACCCAACUCCGGCCAACUCGGAGCCCAGCAGUGCCAACCCUGCAAGCAGUGGCAGCGCAAGCAGUUCGCCGAGAGCUCUCGCUUCUGCUCCAACUACCGACCUCUACAACAACCAGGACGCCAAGGCGAUCCGUUCUUUGGACAGGAAAUUCCAUAUUUAG